AUGGAAGCAAUGGAGUGUGGUUGGAUAUUUCACAGUAUUAAGACACUUAAAAAAUUAGAAUUAGGAAGAAGUGAUUAUUCUACACAAAGUGGAAAGGAUGCCAUUGCUGGUACAAUUCUUCAAACAAUGUGCAAUAAGGAAAUUUCCAUGAUACAAAAGCAUUGUAACGAAGUGAAUGUUGAAGGUGCUGGUUCAAGCCCUGUUUGCAUUGAGAAGCUACUGGGAGGUUGCUGCAAUGCAUUACAAUGCAAGGAUCUUGUGUGCGAAAAAGACAAGCAGAAGGUGCUUGUGGAUUUUGCAUAA